GCAUGUUAGAAGCUGUCCCUCGGACCCCGCAGUCCUUUGUCGUCGCCUCCAGUGCGGUGUGUGGCAUGCCGCGGGUCCGGCACCGCUUCGUGGUGUCCGUGAAGGAUGCCAUGCCGGGAGACCGGAUCUUCGUCUUCGGAAGUGCCAAAGAGCUUGGAGGUUGGCAGAUGGAAGGUGCUCGAGAGCUGGAGACCAAACCCGGAUUCUUUCCCAAGUGGCAGGUCGAGGUGGAGAUGGAGCAAGCACCGUUUAACUACAAGUAUGUUCGGAAGCAUGUCAAUGGCGGGCAUUUGGAGUGGGAGAGCAUUGCAAAUCGAACUUAUCUCAAGGGCUCCUUGCCCGACGACGGCGAGUUCAACCACAAUGAAUGCGCUCUCAAGCCCGGCUCUCACGUGUACUUCCAUGGAUACUACGCCCAUGCAGAUUGGGCCCAGCAGGAGUUCGAAACGCUGAAGGGUGAGCUUUCGGAAUUGCGACGCACGGUGCAACUGCAAGCCAAGGACUUGGAGGAUCAGCGAGCACGCUCCAAAGAGCAAGAGUUACAGGCGGAAAGGCAGCACAACGUCAUCCACCAGCAGAAAGAGCUCUUGAACACGCUUCAGGCGGAGUUGGAGGCGCAGAAGCACCGCGUCCAGCAGCUGCGACGGGAGCUGAGCGACUUCAAGGCUUCAGCGCCGUCGGCCGAGGAGUUGAAGCUGGAGAUCCGAGAGGACCUACAGUACCUGGUGGCCACCGCGAUGGAUCGAAGCCGAAGUCAUCGGAAUGAAGUUCGUGCUGCGUUUCUGGAGCCUGAAGAAUCUGAGGAUCCGGAGGACAAGCCGAAGCCGCCCGAGUUCCUAAGCGGCCCCACGGAUGCAGCGACCGCUGAUUCAGAUCCAAAGACGGCUCCAGGAGUCGUGCCAGUGACCUCCAAAGAAGAUUCAUCCAGUUAUUAUCCGAGGAAGGAAAAGCCGCAGCAUGACCUUCGUGACCUUCGUUCUCCACUGCUCGAGGCAUCGACGGAGUUCAUUUGGGAGACGCCGCCGCAGCCGGUUGAAGAGAAAGCCAGGAGAUUGACUCAAGCAGCUGUCAAUGAGCUGAUGAGCAUUUGGAAGGGUCCCAAGGAGGAGAAGAGGAAGCUUCUGAAGACCGUGCCAUUGAGGCUGCAUAGUGACAAGGGUGGAAGCGACGAAGCCAUGACCUGGUUUAAAGCUUGGAAAGAGAACAAUGAAAAGUGGUAUCUGGCAGGCCCUCAGUUCGAUCUGGCCAGCGCCUGCCCUGCCCAGCAGCCAGCAGGUUGAGCGCCCGAAUUGAAGCCAUCCCUGCUUGACAUGUUGCCAAGGAUGUGUGCUAGUUCCACAGGUUGUGCCAGGGAUGGAAGGCUGGUUCAUCCGCCAUGUUCACCGCAGAAGAUCCAGGCCAUUCUUAAUGCAGUAAUGGCCCAAAAAUAUAAGUGCACCCCGGACCAGAGGUUCAUCAAAACGCUUCGACC